UCUCCGCCUGAAAAUUCAUCUUCCGCGGCGAUCCCUUCUUUUUCUCACUGUAAUUCGACAAUCAUAAGCUAACGAAGUUUAAGCGUCUCUCUAUCUCACCCUCGCCUCCAUCAAACAACUACCAGUACUACUAAUGUAGCAAAGAAGCCUCGUUUCAGUUUCUUAUCCUCUUCGUUUGGUAUUAUAGGUUAUUUUUGCUUUGUCAAUGGUGACCUAUGUGUGCUGAUUUUGAAAUCAGAGUGACAGAGACAGUUAACAACAAAAGACAGCAGAUGGCGGAGACUAGGCGACACUCUCUUGGUAAUCAACUAGAUAUUGAGCAGAUACUGUUGGAAGCAGAACAUCGAUGGCUACGACCUGCUGAAAUUUGUGAAAUUCUUCAAAAUUAUAAAAAAUUUGGCAUUGCCCCUGAACCUCCAAAGAUACCCCCGAGUGGUUCACUUUUUCUGUUUGACCGGAAAGUGCUCAGAUAUUUCAGAAAAGAUGGUCAUAACUGGAGGAAGAAAAAAGAUGGAAAAACAGUUAAGGAAGCUCACGAGAGGCUUAAAGCUGGAAGUAUCGAUGUGCUGCACUGCUACUACGCUCAUGGCGAAGAAAAUGAAAAUUUUCAAAGACGCAGUUAUUGGAUGCUCGAAGAGGAACUCUCGCACAUAGUUUUUGUCCACUACCUGGAAGUAAAGGGCACAAGGACAAAUUUCAACCGAAUUCAAGAUACUAACAAAGCUAGUUUGUAUUGCCAAGAAACUAAAGAGUUAAUGCCCAUUUCUGAGAUAGACAGUUCUCGGUCUACCACGUCUUGUCGUAACAAUGAUCAUGGGCCUUCACUAACUACAGACAUGGCAAGCCAGAACAGCGUCCAGGCAUCAGAAUAUGAGGAUGCUGAAUCAGCAUACAAUCACCAAGGAACUUCCAGAUUCCAUUCAUUUCUUGAGGUACAACAACCUGGGCUAGAGAAGAUUGGUGCUGAACUUUCUGAUUGCUAUAUUCCUGCAUCUUCAUCAGGGAACUUGUCAAAUUCUGGACUGGAUUUUCUGUCUCUUGCUCAAGUUGAUAAAGUUGAAGACAGUCAUGCUGCUGGAUUGGCGUACGGGUCCCGGAAAAAUAUUGACUUCUCAUCUUGGGAUGAUGCCCUGCAUAAUUGUAAUCUGGCAACUGAAUCUCUGUCCUUUCAGCAAUCUGCUACAGAAUCCCAUACCGUGGAUGCUUUUCAUAAACCAAAAAGUCAAAUAUCGGGGCAGCAUUGGGCUCGUAACUUUGGUGAGAGCUGGGAGCUUGACAAUCGCCCACAGCUCCAGGACGGGUGGCAGGUAUCUGAAAGUGAUGGUCUACAUUUGUCCAAGGCUCCUGUGGAUCAUUCCUUACAAUUGCAAUCAGCAUAUGAUGGAACUCCUAGCUUACAUGAAGAACAAGUCAAUAAUGUUAAUUUAAUCGAUUCUCCUGAGCUUUGUGAUACACCCUCAGAUAAUCAAAGGGGCUAUUGUAUGCAUGACGACCUUCAGAUGCAGCAUUUAAAUUCACAAAGUGAACUUUUGCAGAGUUCAGUUUUACAAAGCAAUGCGACUCUAGAGGGUGAAUCCAACCACUCGUCUUCUUUGGAACAUCAUGUGUUAGUUGGUUCUGAAACAGAAGUUCUGAAGAAGCUUGACAGUUUCAACCGAUGGAUGAGCAAAGAACUUGGAGAUGUCAAUGAAUCACAUACGCAGGCCAGCUCUGGGAUGUAUUGGGAUACGCUCGAAGGUGAAAAUGCAAUUGAUGAUACCAGCAUUGCCCCUCAAGCAUGCUUGGAAACCGAUAUGCUCAGUCCUUCCGUUUCCCAAGACCAGCUCUUUAGCAUUAUCGAUUUCUCGCCAAACUGGGCAUAUGUAGGCUCAAAGGUUAAGGUCCUGAUUACAGGAAGAUUUUUGAAGGGUCAACUGGAAAUACAAAAUUAUAAGUGGUCAUGUAUGUUUGGGGAGAUGGAAGUUCCUUUGGAGAUAGUAGCAGAAGGUGUAUUUCGUUGCCAUUCUCCACUACACGGGGCUGGCAGGGUUCCCUUCUAUGUUACAAGUUCCAAUAGGUUAGCAUGUAGUGAAGUACGGGAAUUCGAAUACCGAGUAGACCAUAUUCCGGAUGUAAAUACUGCAGAUAAUUGUGGCAACAGGACUAUUGAUAAUCUUUCUAUUCGAUUUGGAAAGUUACUGUGUCUGAGCUGUUUUUGUCCUCCAAAAUUUGACUCUAGCUGUAUAGGGAAGAUGCCCCAAUUUAAUCAAAGCCUUUUGGCGCUGAAAGAGGAUAAUGACGAAUGGUCCCAGAUGUUAAAGCUAACUUCGGAGGGAUUUCCCCUGGAAGAAGUAAAAAACCAACUACUUCAAAAGCUACUGAAGGAUAGAUUACAUGUGUGGCUUGUGCAGAAGGUCGUGGAAGGUGGAAAAGGCCCAUGUGUGCUUGAUGAGGAUGGCCAAGGUGCUCUGCAUUUUUCUGCUGCUCUUGGGUAUGACUGGGCCCUAGAGCCCAUAAUUGUUGCAGGUGUAAAUGUUAAUUUUCGUGAUGUUAAUGGAUGGACUGCUCUACAUUGGGCUGCACUUUAUGGCCGAGAGCACACGGUCGCUUUCCUCAUCUCUAAGGGUGCAGCACCUGGAGCCUUAACAGAUCCAACUCCCAAAUAUCCUGCAGGGAGAACACCUGCUGACUUAGCUUCUGCCAGUGGGCACAAAGGAAUUGCUGGCUAUCUCGCAGAAUCUGCUUUGAGCACGCACCUUUCAUCUCUUAAUUUGGGUGUCCAGCAUGGAAAUGCUGCAGAACAUUCUGGUACAACAGCUGUGCAGACUGUUUCAGAAAGAAGUGCAACUCCAGUUAGUGAUGGGGAUUUGCAAUAUGGAUUGUCCUUGAAAGACUCAUUAGCUGCUGUUCGUAAUGCUACUCAAGCUGCUGCUCGAAUUCAUCAAGUUUUUAGGGUUCAGUCUUUCCAGAAAAAGCAGCUAAAAGAGUACAGUGAUAAUAAAUUUGGAAUGCCAGAUGAGCAGGCUCUUUCAUGUCUAGUGGUUAAGACACAAAAGCGAGGACAACAAGAUGAGCCAGUACAUAUGGCUGCCGUACGAAUACAGAAUAAGUUCCGCAGUUGGAAGGGUAGAAAAGAAUUUUUGGUGAUUCGAGAAAGAAUUGUUAAAAUACAGGCCCAUGUAAGAGGCCACCAGGUCAGGAAAAACUAUAGAAAGAUAAUAUGGUCUGUUGGAAUUAUGGAGAAGAUUAUCUUGCGUUGGAGACGGAAAGGAAGCGGUUUGCGUGGAUUUAAACAGGAAAGUCUUACUGAGGGUACAGGCAAGCGGGAUUCAUCCUCAAAAGAAGAUGAUUCCGAUUUCCUGAAAGAAGGCAGAAAGCAGACUGAAGAAAGAUUGCAAAAAGCCCUCGCCAGGGUGAAGUCAAUGGUUCAGUACCCAGAGGCAAGAGAUCAAUAUCGCAGGCUGCUGAAUGUUUUCGCUGACAUUCAAGAAACCAAGGUAAUCUCUGAUCAGGUUGAAGAAGCAACUGAUUUUGAUGACAAUCUUAUUGAUCUUGAUGCAUUACCGGGUGAUGACACCGUCAUGAGUACAGCAUCUUGAGAGACUCCCGUUCACCCUCUUGCACCAUCUGUUAUGGCCAUAUUAUUUCCCAUUGUAGUUCAUUCGUACGUCUUAGAAUCUUGUAAAUGUAAGGGAACGGCUUUAGGUCUUAAUGUUUUAUUUAGAUUAAGGCAUUUGUUCUGUAUACAGCUGAUUUGAUACACGUAUAUUUUGUGAGGAGAGGUAUAUUUUGUCUGUCAGAUUAAGUUUACUACAGUAGGAGUUAAUGAAGAAAUAUUUGCUCAAUAUUGAGAACUUGCAAGAAAUCAAUAUGGUUUGUCUG